AUGCCUGCUCCAUUCCACCAGCAUCUCCAGACCGUCCGCGAUGACCACACCAACAAUGUCGCAUUUGCGCAGGCUAUCUUGCCCCAAUUGCUUCACAAGUUGUCCUUACUGCCAAUCGAGUACAAACAAGAACUCGCGGCGUCAGACGACUGGCAGGAAUCCAAGUGCCUAGUACUUGAAGCAGAUCGGAUGGUGAACACUCUCAACUUCCCUACCAGCGUCGAGAACAGGUUGAGCGAGAGUCGGCCAGCGUACGAGGAAGGCCUUCAGCAAGUCGCGAGCUGGAAGGUCCGACGUAAGGGGGCGCUGGAUGGCUACUGGCAAGAAACGCUCGAGGUGAUGGCGAAAUUCAAAGAAGAUCCAACUCCAGCUGUCGAUAAACGCAUUGCUAUCGUGACCCAGGGUCGCGACAACUUCAGCGAGGGGCUUGAAGUGAGAGAGGCAGAACUGUCCGUCUUGCGACAGUCGGUGCAUGGAAGAUUGAGACCGGUGUUGGAGGGCAAUCAAGAACCCGGAAAGCUGUCAAGAAAUGAGUGCCCCAUCUUCUUGGUCGAGUAUGAGAAUCCCGCCUCCCUCGGGUGUGAUCACAUCUUCAGCUUCAACGACCUCGUCUCCUGGGUUGAUGAGCAUAGUGACUGCCCGAUGUGUCGUGAGCCGGCCGAGUUGGACAAAGUGCAGCGGCUCGAUGUGGAGCGUGUGGACGGCCAGCCUGCAUGCGAGGCUGUCGAGGUCGAGCAGACGGAUGAGGAAUCCAGUGAGGGAUAG